AUGGCUGAAACUGUUGCGUCUACUUCCCUCCCACCUCCGCCAACUGCGGCUGGUGCGCCGGGCUACGAGAAUCCGCCGACGAGCACUGCGGCUGCGCCUACCUCGACCAUGGCACCACCUCCGACCCUGGCGCCAAUGGUCAUUCCGCAGAACACGAAUCCUAUCCCACAAGCCAUGGACCCUAUGAGCGCACUGUCUCCAGGUGGUCAAAUUCGUCGCAUGGCUCCUGAGCCUAACAAGCGAGCCCUGUACGUCGGCGGGCUGGAUGCUAGAGUCACCGAAGAAGUUCUAAAGCAAAUCUUUGAGACCACGGGUCAUGUCACAAAUGUUAAGAUCAUACCUGACAAGAACUACGCUGCAAAAGGCGCUAACUACGGCUUCGUCGAGUAUGACGAUCCUGCUGCAGCUGAGCGUGCUAUGAGUACCCUGAACGGCCGUCGUGUCCACCAGCAAGAGAUCAAGGUCAACUGGGCGUACCAAGCGAACACCUCCAACAAGGAAGACACCACAAAUCACUUCCAUAUCUUCGUGGGCGACCUUAGCAACGAAGUCAACGAUGAGGUGCUCCAGCAAGCCUUCUCUUCGUUUGGCUCUGUCUCCGAGGCCCGUGUUAUGUGGGACAUGAAAACCGGUCGGACUCGUGGUUAUGGCUUUGUUGCCUUCCGCGACCGUGCCGAGGCUGAGAGUGCCCUAGCCAAGAUGGACGGCGAGUGGUUGGGUAGUCGGGCGAUACGCUGCAAUUGGGCGAACCAAAAAGGGCAGCCUAGCAUGAAUUCACAGCAAUCGAUGUUGGCCAUGGGUCUGACUCCCACAACACCGUUUGGGCAUCACCACUUUCCUACGCAGGGUGUGCAGUCCUACGACAUGGUCGUUAAUCAGACUCCAUCCUGGCAAACUACCUGCUACGUCGGGAAUCUUACCCCGUAUACGACCCAAACAGACCUUGUCCCUCUGUUCCAGAACUUCGGCUACGUCACGGAGACACGUUUCCAGUCCGAUCGCGGAUUUGCCUUCAUCAAGAUGGACACGCACGAAAACGCUGCAAUGGCCAUCUGUCAACUUUCAGGCUACAAUGUGAAUGGACGUCCACUAAAAUGUUCUUGGGGCAAAGAUCGUCCUCCCACAGGCCAAUUCGAUUCGCCUAACAGUGCUAUCCCAUCCGCCAGUACUCCUUCAACUUACAACCCGACUUCUCCCUUUGGUUUCCCGCAGUAUGGUGCGCCCACGCCAAUGAGUGCUUAUCCGCUUAGUCCGCAAGGACCAUCCCCAUCCGCCCGUUGGGCCGACCAGAUGGCUUCUCCUUAUGCUACCACCCCGCAAGCCCAAUUCCCGAAUAUCCCUCCGCAGUCCGCUGGCGCUUAUGGUCGUGGCCAAGCUCCCUCGCAUGCGCAAUUCCCACCACCAGCCAUACACCCGCAGGCACAUCCCGGCCAGCACCAUCAUCAAGGCCCGCAGCACCAUCAUCAGCUACAAGGACAUUUCGGUGGAGGCGCGAACGGCUAUGGCGCUCCAGGCUACGUUCAGCAUCAUCAGCAGCACUAG